AUGAAGGCGCAGACCUUCUUGCAGCUGCCACCCCAGCUUGUCGAGGACUCGGCCUCCAAUAACGGCUCCUCCGUUGCCGGCGACUGCUUCGACGACGACUUCCUCUCUGAUGCCGGCAGAGAAUCGCCCUCCAAUGCCGACUCGCUGGCCGAGGACUCUGACGAUGAGGCUGUCGCAGUCAGCUCGGCGGAUAUGGCCCGGCUGCGGGCCAUGAGCUAUGACCGCUCGCGCGACCGUAGAUGCGACUGCGACGAAGACGACGACAAUUCACACAACACCAACGACAGCCGCGAUCAAAGCCGGACUCGACCGCGAACCAGACAACGCCCCCAACUCCGAAUCCAAGACGUUGAUCUCGCGCUGGAUAUGGGUGGCGACAACGGCGGCGACGGCGACGGCGCGUACCAACCUCUAGUCAGUAUCCUGCCGCGAGGCACAAAGCCCGUCAGGCUGGUUGGCGAAGGCGCCGCCAACGCCGUCUUCGAGAUCAAAUUGCCCCCAGGCAGUCGCGUCGGUGCGCAGUUUCAAGGCAAACUCCUGAGGGUGGCCAAAGCACCAGUUCUUGGCCGCGCUCCAACUUCCUCCGACUAUUAUCUCCGCCAACAGGAAUUCUUCAUCCGUGAGAUUCAGCCGCACCUAGGCGAACAUGCCGUGUCCCAGGAGCUGGUGGUACUGCAUAAAUCCGGCAUUGUGGAUGACCUCAACGCCAUGCUUCGGGACAUGAACCACCAACGCAAGCCUAAAUUUCAAGGCUCGUUUAUUGGCCACGCUUCUUGGGGCUUUCUUGUGGAGGACAUGCGACCCAAUGGCGACGAUGGCUCCAUCCUUAUCGAGUUCAAACCCAAGUGGCUGCUACAGUCACCCAGCGCCCCUAAAGGCGCCAUUAGAUGCAGGCAGUGUGCGUUGGAACUUCGCAACUACCUGAAAACGCCCGGCUCGAAAUCUCCACGCCCUGAGAGGCGGCCCUGCCCGAUUGCGCUUGCAAAUCCCGACUGUCCUCAGCAAGUCGCGUCACCUUUCCGAAUAGCUCCGCAACUCUCUGCCUUGCAGGAUGAUGCACGCGUCCAGGCUAUUCUCGACAAAAUCAUCCACCACAAGGCAAUCCAGAAGUUGAGGGAAUGCCAGAAGAGCCUCGAUCACGUGGGGCCGCUGCUACCUCCUACUAACUUGGAUUUCGUCGUCGCCAUGACCUUGCGCGACUGUACGUGCUUUGCACUUGUUCCAUCGAACGACGACGAGGAAAUCAAACUUCGUUUUGGUGACUUUGACUUUAAGGACCCUGAAAAGAAGUUCAACCACUGGCGCGGAACAGAGCAAGACCUCAUUGAAGGUGGCUUCUAUACCGCUGACUGGGUUGUUUGCGGCGAUACAUAUUAUCAUCCGCCGUCACUGUGCUCGUUGGAGUGGUCGGGGAAGCCUCGGGUGGGAGAUGCAGUCAUUCUUCUCAUGGAAGAUAAUACUACGAAACAUAAUAAGCUCUCGAGCUACCAAAAGAAUGGUUCUCCUUCUUCUGCGAAGACGGGGAAAACGGUAUACAGGCAUACAGCGGAUCUUGCGGCGCUACACAAGGGCCUGGAGCCCUUUAAACGAGAGAUGGGAGGCGCACAAUCGGAUUCUAUUUACAACAACCCCUUGAGGUGCGAUCCUAGGCGAGGAUGA